AUGGAUUUUCAGACGAUUCAAGCGAUGCCAUGGGAAUAUGUUAUAUCCUCUCAAUCUCUUAAUAGCUACCAAUUAACUCAAGAGAAUCAAGUUCGUUGGUCUCAGUCUCCAGAUUCUCACAUUUUCUCUGUUGAUCUCCCUGGUUUGAGGAAAGAAGAAAUCAAAGUGGAGAUCGAAGAUUCGAUAUACUUAAUCAUAAGAACAGAGGCGACGGAGAGAUCGCCGGACCCGCCGGUGAUGAGUUUUAAGAAGAAGUUCCGGUUGCCGGAAUCGAUAGAUAUAACCGGAAUAUCAGCUGGUUACGAAGACGGUGUGUUGACAGUGGUUGUACCAAAGAUGAUUGUUAUAAGGAGAAGUUUCUUCAUUGAACCUUCUGAUGUUCCUGAAAGUCUUCAAGUUCUUGCAAGAGCUGCUUAA